CGCGCGCACACGCACAGGCAGUGGGAGUGGGUGCUCGUGAAGCUGCUGGAUGCCAGGAUGGGAUAAUCAUGCGCGUCUGGCUCCGGGCGUUGAUGCAGCUGCCGAUGCUGGAAACGGACUGGAUUCGGGGCGCAGGGUGGGUCUAGGUGCAGGCCGGUGCCGCUUGGACCUGGUGUUGAUGUUUAUCAGGCAUUCUGAGGAUGACUGUAGGGCGAUGGCCGUGAGAGGAGAUGCUGCAGCUCUUUGAAACGAUCUCACCCAUGGAGGACGGGAUUCACCGGCAUUGAAGCGCAGAGCGGUUCUGGGGGAACUUGGGGGGAGAAAAAAAAAAGGGGGGCCAGGGUACCAAGACAUCAGAGGAUACAAAAAGACGCAUUUCACGAUUUCUUUGGGUGAUGUUUAUUUCUACCUGAAACAGUGAGAUAAACGGAGCCGGAGCAGAAAUCGGCUAUUAGGAGCGCACAGCCUCCGUGGAUCCAGCAGCAGCCGCAUCCGUCCGCUGGUUCUGGUGGGAUUUACUUGAAUGGAGAGAGGUUGCAGGGAGAGGGGGGGAGAGAGAGCGACUCGCCUUGUGUAGGAGGAGGAGAAGACGGAGGAGAACCGGGCAGUUUGAAGGGACGGGGAGCCAGGGGCGGCGCGGCGGCUCCAUGAGCGGCUCCUGCCGGGAGAGAGCGCCCACAGCCCAGCCGGAGCGUCUCCACUGCCGCGGGUAGAACCCCCGGGCUCCAGGACGGCGGUCAGUUUGGAAGUUUUGAUGCAUAUGAUCACAACCACCAUGAUUUUUAUGAUUCUUGGUGCUUCAGUUGUAAUGGCAAUAGCCUGUUUAAUGGACAUGAACGCACUACUGGAUCGCUUUCACAACUACAUCCUACCGCAUCUACGAGGCGAGGAUCGCGUCUGCCACUGCAACUGUGGAAGGCAUCAUGUCCACUAUGUAAUCCCUUAUGACGGGGACCACUCCUUGGUGGACUCUUCAGAGAACUACUUUGUGAGUGACAGUGUGACCAAGCAGGAGAUGGACUUGAUGCUGGGGCUGCUGUUGGGCUUCUGCAUCAGCUGGCUGCUGUUGUGGCUCGAUGGAGUCCUGCACUGUGCUGUCAGGGCCUGGAGGGCAAGCCGGUACUACGAUACUCCAUCCUGGUCAUGGUUGCCCCAGUUCUGCAACCUCAGAGACCUCCGUCGCCGAGCCCAGCUCAGACAGCUGGAGGACUCCAGCGGUAACAUGGUCCACAUCAAGCAGAAGCUCUACCACAACGGCCACCCAAGCCCUCGACACCUCUGACUCUAAAAAUCGAUUUAAAAACGAAAGGAAAUGAGAAUUAAAACUUAGACUUUCCCCCCUUAAACCACCUUGUACCUUCUAAAACACCUUCACUCGUUCCCCCGGCCAAACGUUGCCUCAGAGGCCUGUAAAACUGCCCUCCCUCUGUUCAUAGCGUGGCCCUCUUUCAGCCUCUGAACAGGACUUUCUUUUGAUCCUAAACCUGUCUCAGCACUUAAAAAAAAUUCCCGGAAUGAGAUUUUUCUUUCUUCCCACUAAAAAAACCUUGUCUUAAGUCUGUGUCCACCACUGUGGGAGGAAGAAAACAAUUUUAAGAGUGUUUUUUCUGUAUAGAGACAUUUUCUGUGUUCAUUGUUAAACUUGGCAUGCUCUUUUAGAACAGGGUAAAAAUGUAUGGGGGGUGAGAUGGGGUAUUUUUUUUCCUUCUUUCAGGUUGGACUUUAUUGUUGUAGGGUGGGGCGAAUGCAACAGGUGGGUGGGUGGGUUUUUUGUGACGGUUAGACUGCUGCUUCUGUAAAUAGGUAAAAAUAAGGGGAUUUAACAGACGGGGGUGUGUCCGGUUGGGAGAUUUUUGUGUGAGUCGCUUCUUGGUAGAAAAACUGAACAAAGUCAGUUUGAGUAAAACGUAGAUGAAAAAAGAUAAAGGAAAGGGAGGCUGUGUGAAAACGGGAUGUGAAAAAAUGUGAUUUCUGCUAAAAACACUGAUUAAUUAGCUUUGUUACCUAGUGAAAUAACUGAAUGUAUUAAUUUUUCCUGUAAAUAACAUGAGAGGGAGGAGGGGGUGUGUGGCUGCGGUCAGAUUUCCCUCUGCUAAAUUCUCAUUCAUUCAGUUGACACUCGUUAAGACAUAAACGCCAAACAUAAAUGAAAACUCAGUCAACUUAUACACGGAUCUGCAAAAGUAUUCUCACCUCUUAAGUUUUUUACACCUUUUAUUACAUUACAACAAACUUUAAUGUAAUUUGCUGGGAUUUUAUGUGAUAUACCAACACAAUUGUGAAGUAGAAAGAAAGAUUACCCAUGGUUUGCAAAGGUUUUUUUUUUUAUUCUUUCUCUGUAAAAUCUGUCAAAAUUCUUGUGACAGAGGAAUGACCUGCAGUAAGAACAAAGGACGGGUACUUAGCUUUCAUCUGGUUUAAUAUUUUUUAUUAUCAGCUUUGCAAAUAUGGGGACUGAAUUUUUUAUGAGACCAUCUAUGAAUAUCGCUUUUUCAUUUUCCAAUUGAAUAUAGGUCUAGGGUUUGACUAGGUCCCUUUGACACAUGAAUGUGCUUCCAUUUUAGGUCAAAGUUUUGAUAAUAUGUUUUAGAGCAGUCCUGCAAAUUUUAGAGAAUUUUUUGCAGUAACACACCUGAGUCAAACAACCAGAUCAUUAGCAGAGAGCGUAACUGCAUACUGAGGUGAUUCAGCCAUUUGAUUCAGGUGUGUUGGACAAGGGAAGCAUCUAAAAGUCUGCGAGGACUAAAAUUGAACACCC